AUAUAAGUGCAGUAAAUAAAAAAGAAGGUGGAAAUCCUCUGGGAGAGAAAAAAUGUCGUCGGAUUCAGAGUCCUUCAAACCCUACAGGCUAUCCCAAACCCUAAGCGGGCACAAGCGAGCAAUCUCCGCCGUGAAAUUCUCCUCGAACGGGCGGCUCCUGGCCUCGUCCUCGGCCGACAAGACUCUCCGGACGUACGGGUUCACGAACUCGGACUCGGACUCGGACAGCCUCUCCCUGUCCCCGAUGCAGGAGUACUCCGGGCACGAGCAGGGCGUCUCGGACCUGGCCUUCUCCUCGGACUCCCGGUUCCUGGUCUCCGCCUCGGACGACAAGACCCUCCGCCUCUGGGACGUUCCCACGGGGUCCCUGAUCAAGACGCUCCAGGGCCACACCAACUACGUCUUCUGCGUCAACUUCAACCCCCAGUCCAACGUCAUCGUCUCUGGCUCCUUCGACGAGACCGUUAGGGUUUGGGACGUUAAGUCCGGCAAGUGCCUUAAGGUCCUCCCCGCCCACUCCGACCCCGUCACCGCCGUCGACUUCAACCGUGACGGCUCCCUCAUCGUCUCCAGCAGCUACGACGGCCUCUGUCGCAUCUGGGACGCCUCCACCGGCCACUGCAUGAAGACCCUCAUCGACGACGAGAACCCUCCCGUUUCCUUUGUCAAGUUUUCCCCCAACGCCAAGUUCAUUCUCGUUGGCACGUUGGACAACACUAUGAGGCUUUGGAACUAUUCAACUGGGAAGUUUCUAAAGACUUACACCGGUCAUGUUAAUUCAAAAUAUUGCAUUUCAUCCACAUUUUCUAUAACAAAUGGGAAGUACGUUGUUGGCGGUUCAGAAGAUAAUUGUAUAUACUUGUGGGAACUGCAGUCAAGGAAAAUAGUACAGAAAUUAGAAGGACAUUCUGAUACUGUUGUUUCUGUGUCAUGUCAUCCUACAGAGAACAUGAUUGCCUCUGGUGCACUUGGCAAUGACAAAACCGUGAAGAUCUGGACUCAACAGAAAGACUGAUUCAAUUUGGAACAAAUGGAUUUUGUCGAAGUUGAGUUUGGGGCAAGUGACUUGUGAUGAAACCUUUAACUCACUUUGUAGUUCAGAACUUUGGUUGAAAAACUUUGUAGCUUCCCCAGUGGAGAACACUAUUUUAUAGUCACUGAUAGGUUCCACUUUUGAGAUGCUGGAACGUGGGUUUGGGAACACAUAUUUUAUGCAUUUCGUUUUUUCAACCUUAGUAUCUUGGCUAGCAGGUUUUGCUUUUUAGUUACUGUCAUUAGUCAUUAAUAUGAAUUCCAAAAUUCCUGGACAUGUACUUAUCUUGUUUGAUAAAUAUAUCAGAAGAUAAAUUUCGAAGACUAAAA